GCGAGAGGCGGGGCGUGUGGGGAGGCGCGGCCGCCACGGGACGCCUGGCUGGGACCGCACCUUAGAGGCGUCUCGGUACCUGGCAGGCGGCCUGCUGCUCGGAGCCCGCUGCGGGCGGCGGCGGCGGCGGCAUGCGCGUGUGAGAUGCGGCAGCGGGCGGCGCGGACGCGAGCAGCGGCGGCGGGCGCGGCCUCCUGGGCGCGGGGCGCGCGGUGCCUGAGGGCGGGCGCGCGGGCGCGGGGCAGCCGCUGGCCGCGCCGCCUGCGCAGGCGCUGGUUCAGGACUCGCUCGCAGCGCUGAGGCCCGCGGGCCCGUUAUGGAGGCGCCCCCCUUGGAGACGCCCCCUGACCCCUCGCCCCCUUCGGCCUCGGCCUCGGCCCCGGCCCCGGCCCCGGCCCCCGCCCCGGUUCCGUUGCGCGCCCCGGAUGUGGCGCGGCUGCGCGAGGAGCAGGAAAAGGUGGUCACUAACUGCCAAGAGAGAAUCCAGCAUUGGAAGAAGGUAGAUAAUGACUAUAAUGCCCUUCGAGAAAGACUCAGCACCUUGCCUGAUAAAUUGUCUUAUAAUAUAAUGGUACCAUUUGGCCCUUUUGCCUUCAUGCCAGGAAAACUUGUCCAUACUAAUGAAGUCACUGUUUUACUGGGGGACAACUGGUUUGCAAAGUGCUCAGCAAAGCAGGCUGUAGGUUUAGUUGAGCACCGGAAAGAACAUGUAAGAAAAACAAUAGAUGACUUAAAAAAAGUGAUGAAAAAUUUUGAAUCUAGAGUUGAAUUCACGGAAGAUUUGCAGAAAAUGAGUGAUACUGCAGGUGAUAUUGUUGACAUAAGAGAAGAAAUUAAAUGUGACUUUGAAUUUAAAGGAAAACACCGAAUUGCUCAUAAACCGCAUUCCAAACCAAAAACUUCAGUUAUUUUUGAAGCAGAUACUGCAAAUGAUGUGAAAUCCAAGGAUUUGCUAGCUGAUAAAGAACUGUGGGCUCGACUUGAAGAACUAGAGAGACAAGAAGAAUUGCUGGGUGAACUUGAUAGUAAGCCUGAUACUGUGAUUGCAAAUGGAGAAGAUAUGACAUCUUCUGAAGAGGAAAAGGAAGAUCAUAACACAGACGUGAAUGCGAUGCAUCAAGUAACAGACUCUCAUACUCCUUGUCAUAAGGAUGUUGCAAGUUCAGAACCAUUCAGUGGUCAAGUGAAUCGUCAGUUGAACUGUUCAGUGAAUGGUUCCAGUUCUUACCACAGUGAUGAUGAUGAUGAUGAUGAUGAUGAUGACGAUGACGACGACAACGUUGAAGACGAUGAUGGUGAUAAUGACCGUGAGGCUUUAGGGGUUGGAGAUAAUUCUAUACCAACAAUAUAUUUUUCUCAUACUGUUGAGCCUAAGAGGGUCCGAAUAAAUACUGGAAAGAAUACCACUUUAAAAUUCAGUGAAAAGAAAGAAGAAGCCAAACGUAAACGAAAGAACAGCACUGGCAGUGGCCACUCUGCCCAGGAGCUCCCGACCAUCAGGACGCCUGCAGACAUUUACAGAGCCUUUGUUGAUGUUGUGAAUGGAGAGUAUGUCCCUCGCAAAUCCAUCCUGAAGUCUCGAAGUAGAGAGAAUAGUGUGUGUAGUGACACCAGUGAAAGCAGUGCUGCUGAAUUUGAUGAUAGGCGGGGAGUUUUGAGGAGUAUCAGCUGCGAAGAAGCCACUUGCAGUGACACCAGUGAGAGCAUUUUGGAAGAGGAACCACAAGAAAAUCAACAAAAGAAACUUUUGCCCUUAUCGGUACCUGAGGCUUUUUCUGGAACUGUUAUAGAAAAAGAAUUUGUAUCACCUUCCUUAACACCACAUCCAGCCAUUGCUCAUCCUGCACUACCCACUAUUCCAGAACGAAAGGAAGUUCUGUCGGAAGCAUCAGAAGAAACUGGAAAGAGGGUUUCAAAGUUUAAAGCUGCCAGAUUGCAACAGAAAAACUAGGCCCUGUCUAGGAAAUGGGAACUUACAUCCUAAAACCUAGUUGUUCAUUUGUUUAGAAGAUCUAUAGCAAAAUAGGUUACAUGUAGUUUGAAAUAAGGUAUCCUGAGUUACUUUGGCAACAAGUUCUUUUACCCUUAUCAAUGGUAUUUGAAAAAGUCAAAGUAACUGUCUGAAUAAUAUUCAGCUUGUUUUGUUAAUUCUCUGAAUACUAUCAACACUCUUGUCUAAGUUUGCCUUUAUGAUGCAGUGGCAGCAUUUUGAAUUACUUUUCAAAGAAUACUGUUCAUAUGCAUUGUUUUUGUGUUUCAAACUAAAUACAGGCAGUUUUGUGCCAGCUGUGAUAUUGUGCAUACCAUAUGGACCAUUUUAAAGAAAAUUUUAAAAUUUCAAAUAGAUUCAACAAUUUUAUUACUUGCUUUCACAUUUUAAAGGCACUUUAAAAAAAUCUACUUCUCUUGUAGGUUUUGCGGCUAGUUGGCUAUUCAAGAAACCUCGCCCCUCUGAAUGUCAUACUGUAAUCUUUAAGGAAGAAAGCUACAUGAAUUAAUUGUACUCUAUGGGAAAAUUUCUUUGGAAAGAUAUUUUGUAAAACUUUUUUCCAAGUAAAAACUUUAUGAAACUUGGUCUCAAAAA